CUUCGUCCUUCAGUUUUUGAUCACGAACGCGCGUGCGAAUGUUAUCGCGUUUUUCCCGGUAAGAAAUCCGUCGAAAUAAGAAAGAAAUGUUCCGCCGGUGGUGUCGGUUACCGCAGAUUACGCAAACCUUGCUGGGUGGCUCCCGUUCCUAUGCGGGCGUCCACCAGAAGGUUCCACACAUCAGACUUCCUCCCAGCCGGCUGACCGAGCUGAAGGAAAAGUUGGCUUCCAGUCCGGUUCUGACGGCGGCCGAGUGGGGCGCGAUUCGGAAGGGAAUUUUGGACGAACGACGGUUCAACGCGACCAAUGUGGACGGAACGGUGCUGGGCCUUUGCAGUGGGUUGGAAAGUGCGAAAUCGUAUGUGAGGUUUUUGGAGCAGAGUGGGAUCGAAUUGAAUUUGGCCAUUGUGGGGAAGCUGCUUCGGUUAUAUCGGAUAAAAUGCGAGUUGGAAGAGCAAGAACGACAGGAGAUUGUUGGGCUCUACAAUGGGUUACGUGAGAAAAAUCCAGUGCUAGAUGCGAAUACCUGUGAGCAUUUGGUGGCGGCCUUAACGCUUACGGACCAGUGGCGGUUGUCGUUUGAGCUGCUCGAUAUGAUUAAGCUGAGUGGGAUUCCGGACAGCGGGACUUACAGUUACCUGAUUGCCAGGUGCUUCCAAGACGGAGACAUAGAAGCCGGGUGGAAGCUACUGGACGAAAUGUGCUCCAAUAAACGGCUGCCGAAGGAUGAUGUGUUCCUCUCGUGGAUGGAACAUUGCCUAAAGGAUGAGAACAGUUUUAAACAGAACAUCAUCAAAAUGCUGUCCUUCACCAACGCAAAAUCCCUGUUCCUGUCGAAACGGGUGGGCACUGCGCUGAAGCAGCUCCCGCCCAAUCUGGGAAUCCGUGCCGUUGAAUCCCGCGUCACUGACAGUGGCAAGUGUUCCCACUGCAAGCGCACCUUGGCCAGUAUCGUCGUGCCGGAAGAAUCGUUCCGCGCCCUGCGGGACGCCUUUAUUCAAGCUGUGAUAAUCAAAAAGGAAAUCUUCAACAAAACCACUCCCAAAGAGCUGGAGCGCUUCCAGGCGUUUCUGAAGAAGACCAAACCCUACGACGUGGUCAUUGACGGGUUGAACGUGGCGUUCUCCACCGGCAAUCAAAAGAGUCCGGCCGUUUACGCCAUGCAGAUAGCUGCCGUGGUGAAGCACUACGUGAGGCAGCGUAAAAGGGUUCUGAUCAUUGGCCGGCAGCACAUGGACCGGUGGCGAUCCAAGGACAUGAAGUACAUCCGGGAGAAUGCAUUUCUCUUCCUGACCGAGGACCUCUCGCAGGACGAUCCGUUCCUGUUGUACGCGGCGCUUGAGAGUGGUCCCCAGACGGACUUUUUCUCCCGUGAUCUGAUGCGGAAGCAUUCGUUCCUGCUGGGGGACGAACUGGGUGGGGUUUUUAAGCGAUGGCAACAGGAGCACCAGUAUUCGUUGCUCUCGAUUACGGCCGACGGAAGGGUGAUCAUCAAGUCACCGUUCAAGUUCGAUAUGUUCGCGCACAGUGUGCCGGGUGAUGAGCGCCAAUGGCACGUGCCGCUGGUGGAGGAGUGCCUCAAGAUACCCAAAGUGGAGAAGCAAGCCCGCUGGUUGUGUGUGAAGAUUGAAUAGGAGAAUUUGUUGGAAGUUU